AACAAAAGUUUUAGUUUUCGGCACUGAGUUGUGAAAAGACAAUGAAGUGAAUCUUCUGGUGCACCUGUUGUAUUUAAAAAAGAAAACAAACCAAGAAAUUAAUGAUGAAUUUAAAGAGAGGAAAAACCGGUCUGAUCUAUGACUUCCGUAUGACCGAACAUCGUUGUCUUUGGAAUAGUGGUUAUCCAGAAUGCCCGGAACGAUUUACACGAAUACUAGCUCGAUGCGACGAAUUAAAACUUAUUGAGCGUUGUCAUUCAAUACCGUCCCGGCCGGCUACACUGAACGAAAUUCUCCUUAAGCAUACUCGUGAACAUUAUGACGCAUUGAAAGCAUUUGAUGGUGAAACUGACGAAGACAAAUUGGAAGAAAUGUCUUCUCAUUAUAGCAUAUUCAUUCAUCCGUCUACGUUUGAGUUAUCAAUGUUAGCAGUCGGCUGUGCCGUCGAAUUGGUGGAUAAAAUAAUUUUAGGUGAAAUACAGAAUGGCAUGGCUGUUAUUCGUCCGCCAGGUCAUCAUGCAAUGGAAUCACAAUUUGAUGGUUUCUGCUUUUUCAACAACAUUGCAAUUGCUGCCCAGCAUGCCAUCAAUAACCAUGGCGUGAACCGAAUCCUGAUUGUUGACUUUGAUGUCCACCAUGGUAAUGGUACUCAACAGUUAUUUUAUGACGAUCCUCGAGUCUUGUAUUUUUCCACUCAUCGAUUCGACUAUGGGACAUUUUUCCCAGGCCUACGUGAAUCCGAUUUUGAUUGUGUGGGUGUGGGAAGAGGGACCGGUUUUAAUUUCAACGUGGCAUUGAACGAAAGCGGAAUGACAAAUUCAGAUUAUUUGGCCAUAUGGCAGCAGAUUCUUUUACCAGUGGCUACUGAAUUCCAGCCUGAAUUAGUUCUAAUAUCUGCAGGAUAUGAUUCUGCUUAUGGGUGGCAAUAGUGCGUUGUCAUUAAUUUUAGAAGACUCGCUAUUUUCAUCGACUAAAAUUUAUUCAAGGGAAAGAUGGAAAUAACACCCGCAUGUUAUGCACAUUUAGUAUCACCAUUAGCGGCUCUUGCUAACGGAAGGAUUGCUGCCUUCCUAGAAGGUGGGUAUAAUCUGGAAUCUUUGGCAGAAGGUGCAGCAAUUACACUGAAAACAUUGUUGGGUGAUCCGUGUCCACUUCUAGAAAUGUUGGAUGAGCCGAGCGACAGUGUACGAGACAGCAUUUUGAAUUGCACUCAUUCACACAAAGCAUACUGGUCAUCUUUACAAGUUCACAAAGAAUAUAGUCCUACGGCCCCAAUGGGCGAUCAAUCUGAUAUUCAUGAAGUUACUCAAAAAUUCAUCGACGAUAAAGCACUCAAUCGUUGGCACAAUUGCGUUUAUUAUGAUACACGCUUUGCUUUCCCCAAUCAAACUCGGAGUAAAGAGGAUGAGGACAAGAUCAACAAACAUCUUCAAUACUUGAAGAGUGUCACCAAUCUCGGUAAACCUUUAAACCGAUGCUGCUUCGUAGUCUCACUAAACACUUCCGAAAGGACGGGAGAUUUCGAGCAAUUUCUGUUGGAACAUCAUUUGUUGAAUAGUUUAUAUCAACCGGAAGAAGGUCGUAACCCUUUAACUUCAUUAAAUUUUUCGUCUAAAUCUGCACCAGCAUUGGAACUGUUGCGUAAUGUUCUCGAAGAAAAAUACUUGAAUGGAAUUCAUAUGGAGCUUGGUGAAGGUAUGGUCGCAGAUAGUAUUGCAUUAGCAACGCGAUAUGCCACUGAGGUCCACGGUCUGAAAAGAGUAUUGGUUGUUGACUUGUGUAAGAUCACCUACCAGAAUGUCGUUACGCAACUUUAUCCUAGCGGAAACAUUUUAUGUAUGUCCUUGGAUCUUGUCGAUGCUGAGGAUACUGUGGGAAGUGACAAGGGUGUUAGUGUUCCUAUGAACAAGGAAACAGCCGGUGAUUCCGAUUAUGUGGCAGCAUUUCAACGAAUAAUCAUGCCUAUUGCUUAUGAAUUCAAUCCAGAAUUGGUUUUGGUUUCUGCAGAUUUUGAUGCAAUCAAAGAACUUUUCGAAGCAAAUAUUUCAGCUGAAAUAUUCGGCUAUUUAGCACAUUGGUUGUCGGCUUUGGCCAAUGGAAAAGUGAUCCUUUUCUUGAAAGGUGAAUGUGGUGCAACAUCUACUUGCAUCAAUGGAUUAUUGGGAAAUCCAUUACCGAUGCCAAAAAGACAAACCGACACGAAAUUGAACAAUAUCGAGACUAUUCAAAGUGUCCUGACGAUUCAGCAGAACAAUUGGAAGUCGUUGAAAUUUAAUAAAAUGUUGCCAUCCGCAUAAAUCCCUU